AUGGAUAGCAGCAUCUCUGAUGAAAUAACUGAAAUGAAAACUACAAUUGGAUACAGAAAUCAGAAUGAUUUGUGUGAAUUUAUAUUUGACUUUUAUCGACUGCUGGAUUUGGACUUGCCAGGAAUUUAUCUUCAACAAGUGUUAUCUAUUGAAAAGAACGAAAUGGCAAAUCUUCUUAUUUUAGUCAUUCAUUAG